UUGUUGGUGUGAAUGAAGUGUAAAAGAAAAAAGAAAAAACACUCUCACAACAGCUCAGCAGGCGAGACGAUCGCGGAAACCUGAGGAACACUUUCUUUUGUAACCUCUUCCCUCUUCCUUCUUUCCUCAACCUGUAUGACUGCGUGAAAACGAAAGCAGCUCAGUUAUGGAGAGCUCCAUUGAGGCUUCCCAGACUCAACGCGCCCCCAAACCUAAGCCUCCCGCCAAACCUCGGCUCGCUCCCAGGCCCUUCUCUCUGCAGAAGAACACCACCAUUCACUCCAUCCACGCUCCAAAGACGGUCACUGGACCCUCUCAAGCAACAACACACCAGACUGGUACAUCUGAGGCUCCAGAUGUCCCCAAAGCCACUCUGACCACCCCUGAUCAGAAACCACCUCAACAGCCCGCCACCUCUGACUCCAAACUCAGCUCUGUAACUGUGAACACCAAAGAUCAACAGAAAACAGCUACAGAGAAUAAAUCAAGUCUCCGUGGAGAAGAUACUCUUGAUUCUAUUGUAGCGCAAGGGAAAUCAGAUCCAGCUUCACAAAGUGCUCCACCCAAGGAGACAUCCAAAUCUGAGCCAAUCCAGAAAGAAGAUGUCAUCCAAACAAACCACAGCACAUCCACUGAUGUUGUAACUAACUCAGAACAGAGAGACGAAAAAAAGAAGGAUGACCAAACUGAGACAACUGUCGUCCAAAACCUUGAGGUAUCAGGGGGUGAUGAUUCCUCCACAGCCAAACCAAUAUAUCGAAGGAGUAGCGGCAGGAAUCGUCUGUCCGCGGUGCUCACGUCAAAGUUUGAGUCAGGUGGUCUACCUCUGCCUCCCCAGCCCACUAUAACCAUCUCUACAACCACCAGCAAGGAUGCCGCUAACAAGCCGGUGCCCCCUGAUCUAGAGCAGAGCCUGACAACAUCAGAGCCAACCAACAAAGAGAGUGACGAAGGCAAACUGACGGAGGAAUACAGUGGAGGAGGCAGCAUAAAGCGCAGAAUCAGUCUUCUUUUUGACUCGUCGUCCAAGCCAGAGCCCAUUGCAAAGAGAGAUGAGCCAGAAAUCAUAAAUGGUGGAGGAGGUGUGAAGGAGCGAAUUAAAAACUGGAAGGUGGAAACAGGUUCUGAGGGUCCGAAGAUUGAGAAAAAGCCGCAGGUUGCACCCCGAAUUCGCAUUAAAAGCUCUGAUUCAGCAACUGCUCCUACAGCAGAGAAAACACCCAAAAGUCCUCCUGUCGAACUCCCUGGAACAGGGACAUCAUCCACAGAGACUGUGGAUCCAACCUCAAAGAUCUCCCCGGAGGAGCAACCUGCAAAGAGCCCACUAGUCACAUCCAAAGAUGCUCCUCCUGAAGUGAAGUCAUCUGAAACAUCACAGGAGACACCAGGAGAACGUGAGCAGAGCAAAUCAACAGAGGGUGGUGUUCAACAACGUGCUUGCAGCCCACCUGCAACCCUCACUGCCACUGACGAGGGAUCCGCAGCUGCAAGUGAAAGUGCUGUAAAGAGUGACAAUGUCAGACGUCGCUCUGUUCACUUUGGUGUGGUGGAGAGAGAUGACGGUGGACCUCCAAUACAGUUGUGCUCAGAGCCUGAAUUCAGUACAGAGGAAGAUGAGGCUCCUCAGGAUAAAUCUGAGGAGGACCCCCUUGUUGUCAAGGACAGUGAGGCCCAAGAAGAGAAACGACUGAAACAAUUGGAGUUUGAAAAAAAAAGGAAAGAAGAGGAAAGCUUAAAGGAGAAGGAAAGACUUGAGUUAGAAGAGAAGAACAAACGAAAAGAAGAAGAGGAGAAAGAAAAGGCCAAGCAGAUGAGGAAAGAGGAGAGAAGGAGAGAAGAGGAAAGGAAAAGAGAGAAGCUGAAGGAGGAAGAAAAGGAGAGACAGAAAAAAGAGGAAGCGGAGAGAGAAAGGUUGAGAGAAGAGGAGAGGGAAAGGGAAAGGUUGAAAGAGGAGGAGAUGGAACGGGAAAGACAGAUGGAGUUGAUGUUGCAGAGACAGAAAGAAGAGGAAAGAGAUAGGGCAAAGCAAAUGGAAGAGGUGCUUAAACAUGAGCAGGAGGAGAGAGAUAAGGAGAAACUGAAGGAUGAAGAGAGGAAAAAGGAGCUAUUGAGGGAGGAAAGAGAAAGACAAAGGCUGAACAAAACUGAAGAAUUGAGAGGAAGAGAGGAUGAAGAGGAGAGACAGAAGGAGUUGGAGUUGGUGUGGCAGAGAAAGAAUGAGGAGGAUGGAGUGAGGGCAAGGCAGAAAGAGGAGAUACUAAGACAAGAGCAGAAGGAGAAAGAAAGAUUGAGAGAAGAGGAGAGACAGAAAGAGGAAGAGAGGAUGAGGGAAAGACAGAGAGAGUUGGAGGAGGAGGAGAGGGAGCUUGAGAGGAAAAGGCAGCAAGAAACAGAAGAGAUGGCGAAAAUGAAGCAAAUGGAAAUGGAGAGACAGAGAGAAGAGGAAAUAAAAAUUCAGAUGGAGAAAGAAGUUGCUGAAGAGCUGGAGAAGAAACAUCAAAGAGAACUUGAAAGAAAGAGAGCAGAAGAACUGGAAGAAAAACUAAGACUGAGAGAAAAGGAAGAAAUCACAUUGACCAAUUUGCAAAAGGAAGAAGAGGGGGAACAAGAGAUGUCGGUGGAUGAGCCAGAGCCAAAUUUAAUCAGCUUUGACUCUGAAGAUUUGCCUCAGAAAUCCGAGAUGUCGGUGGAUGAGCCAGAGCCAGAUUUAAUCAGCUUUGACUCUGAAGAUGUGCCUCAGAAAUCCAAAUCUCCUCACACCCCUUCAGAUCAAACUCACGAGCCCACAGAGAGUCAAACUGAAGUAGUCUAUGACGACUUCUCCGUCAGAAACCCCUGUGUCGAGGUGGAUUUUGACGAUUUUUCAGUCAAACCAAAGAGAUGGGGGUCACAGGCUAAAGUAGAGACUAGUCCUGUCCAGAGCUCCUCUUUGUACUCCCCGGAUCAAGAGGUGGCAACUCUUGUGCCCCUGGAAGUCAGAACUGACGAAAAAAAAGUACCAGAGCAGCUGGAAAAACCAGGCAGACCAGAGCCUGUACCAGCCCAGCAGAGUCCGGAGAAGGAGGAAGAGGAGAAGGAGGAAGAGGAGGAGGAGGAGGGGAAAGAGACGGAGAAGGAGAUAGAGAAGGAGAAAGAGGAAGGGAAGGAGAAAGAGGGGGAGAUGGGGAUAGAGAAGGAGAAGGAGAAACAAGAGGAAAAGGAGAUGAAGGUGGACGAAGAGGUGGAGAAAAAGGAAGAUGGAGGGGAAGAAGACGACAAGCAGCAGGAGACUCAACUUAACAGUUAUUGUACAGAUGGUCAAGACACUGAUGCUUUGAUAGACCUUGAGCCAGACCAGCAGAAUGGUGCCUGUGAACCGACGUCUGAAUCUCACAGUGUAAAGCCUGCCGCUGACCAGCUGCCUGAGGUCUCCUCUGAAGAUGUUGAGACUACUGAUUUUCAACCAGAACCAGACCUGCCUCCAUUCCCUGAGAGCUCCACUCCUCUCCUUGACACCAGUGCGCAGAGAUCCAAGGCAGAUCUGGGUAAGAGGCGAAUUCGAACACGUCCACCAAGCCGGCUCUGUACAGGACUGACUCAGACGGACGGCCCUGACUGGAGGUCCAGUGACUCCACAGUUGAAAAGGAGGAGUCUUCCAAGCAAAGGGAGUCAGAUUCUGAGGAGGAACAGCCUAAACCGAAAAUAGUCUGCUCUCCUCCUCCCACUUCUCAGAGAGUCCCCAUAUUUCCUGGCUUGAACCCUGCAGCCCUAAUUGCUCAGUUAAAAAAGAAAACAGGUGGAGGAGGUGCUGGAGGAGGAGAUGAAACAGACGAUAAGAGCAAACAAGCAAAGGAAAGUCCAAAUGAGGAGAUAGCACCAUCUCCCUCACAACUGUCACGUUCUUCUCGCUCUGCUUCACAUCUUGCGGGAGCUGCACGAGUGCUGCCACCCAUCGGCAAGGCAGACGGAGGUGCCGUAUCCUCUCCUGCUUGGCUGAAAGAACUGAAGUCUAAGAAGCGUCUCAGUCAACAUGAAGGUGAAGCGUAGCCCAAGAGACGCUGUGCUGUUGCUCUUGAGCAAGAAUCAAUCCAUCUCAGAUAUUGCUGCUGACAGACACCUUGCCACGAUUGCUCCACUUUGCACUUUGAGUGCCUUAUUUUGGACCUUUACUGAGAUAUGCAGUAAGGGAAUUCAGGCUUUUGCUGAACAUAGAGGCCAUCAAGUACUUUUCAUCUUGUAAAUGGAAUAUGGUGCCAAGACUAUGUGCCAAGACUGUGAUGUGUUUAUGCCAAGUAAAUGUUUUAUCAACUGUUGUAUAGAGGCUCAAUGGAGGCUGAACAUCCUAAUGUAGUGUAGAACAAAGCCACACAUUGUCUUACUGGUUCAUUGCUUUGUUUGGCUGUGUAAGUCCAUCAUUUACUGACAGGGACUGAUAACAUUAGGCCUUCAGCAAAGUAUCUUCUUUUAAACACACACAAACACACACAUAUGUACAGAAAUUCUGAAUGUGGAUUGCACCUUGUGUGUGUUUAGUUUAAAUUGUACAAAAUGCCUUUUACAUUAUUUCACCAAUCAUAGAUUGUCUCAAGUAAACCUACCUAGCACUUUAAGAAAAAUGAUAAGUUACUCCAAAAAAGUAAUGAUUAUAAUUAAGGAAAAAAAAUGCUUGGAGAAUUUAAGGACAAAUAAGGGAGGAUAAUUUGUGUAGAUGCCCUUAUUAACAGGCUUAAAGGGUAUUAGUUUGGAAUAAAUAUGCACCUGGAAGACCCUGACUUAAUCAAUGAACUGAACAAAAAUUAGGGCACCAAACAAGGUGAAAUGAGAAGAUUUCAAUGAUAAAUCAAGUAAUGGGCCCUAUUACUGGUAAAAAGCAAAUUAUGGAGGUUACUGGUACUGAGGGAUAAGGCUGAUUUACAUAUGCUCAUAGAUGAUUUAGAUUUGGUGGAUAUAUGGCUGUUAAUGAACCCAAGUGACAAAGAAUAUACUGCCUUAAAUCUUACUCUAAUCACACACCAGUUGAAACUCAAAUUGAUUUAAAUCCUGAAACAGGAAUGAACUCAGUGCUGUUAAACAAAGAGGUGCUCAGUGAAAAGUUGGCUGAGGACCUGACUCUGUUUUUUGAAUUAAAUGUAGAGGCCAUAGCGAAGUUGUCUUCAAUAUAAGAGGCAUCCCGAGGCAUACACGGCAGGAAAAUGGAUAGCACAAACAUCUAAAAGGAAAAAAGAAAACAUGAGCCAAAUAACUUGAAAUAACCACAUUGGAAAAGACUCUAUCAAGACAAUAUACAGAUGAUUUAGAUUUAUAUAUUUUUAUACUUGUGCAAUCAGAAGUUUGAAUGAGAUAAUAUAUGUAAAACUAAAAAGCAGAACAUGCAUUAAAUGUCUCCAGGUAUGAAUUGCUGUCCCAUUGAAUAUUUCAAUACAUUUGUGGACAUGUUGGCUCCUAUCUUAUUAAAAGUGUAUCCAGAAAUAUUUAAUUUGGAGUCUUUGCCUAAUACAUUUAAUUAAGCACUAAAAUGAUUGAUUCUAGAAAAAGAUAGCGACGCAGUGGAUCCCUCAAAUCUUAAUUAAUGAGGACUGUAAAAUACUGACUAAAGUAUUAGCUUCACGAUUAGAGAAAGUGUUGCCAUUUAUAAUCAAUAUAAUUGGCUUCAUCAAAGGAAGGUCCGCAGCUGACAGUUUAAGAAGAUUACUACAUUUAAUUUGGUUGAACUCCUCAAACUAGUGUCCCAGUCACUGCCAUCUCCCUGGAUGCUGAAAAAGACUUUUGACAGGGUGGAAUGGUGAUUCCUAAGUACAGCUCUGUCAUUCUUUGGGUUUGGCUCUGUCUUAAAUUGUGGAUCAGGACUUACUGUGUGUAAAAAAAAAUUACAAAUAAUUUCCCAAACAAAUUGCAUAAUUUCCCAAUUACCCUCUUUCUCUGCUGUUAUUCACAAUUUUCUUGGAACCUUUGGAAAUCAUGAUUUGAGCAGAUCCAAAUAUUAGAGGAGUGAAGGGAGCUGGAAGGGAGAAUAAGCUGAUGCUCUAUGCUGAUGAUAUUGUAUUACUUAUUAGCAAUUCCUUCAACUCCCUACUCCCAUUUAAGAACACUAUCCAAUUAUAUUCUGAGUUCACAUGUAGUAAUUAAAUCUCUGGUUGAAGCUCCUCAGUUAAAUUAUCUCUCUAUGAUGCUUCCUUUAAAGAUCCCUGAUUUCAUGUAUAAGCAGUACAUCAAAAUAUUAAUACAAAAUCUCAUAAGAAGAAUAAGAUGUGCAUGGGCAGGUACAAAGGAGGACUCUAAACUACCUAAACAUUGUGUUAAAGCUGAUCUGGGUGUAGAUUGGCUAACUAUAGAACUAUGGAAUGGAACCUUGCUGCACCAUAUUGUCCGAUUACCACUCCUAGUAUCUUACUCAAAGAGUUUUUUAAACCAGUCAUAUACCUCACUCUUGAAUUACUCUAAAAUACACAUGAGAAAAGAUGUGAUGUACUGGAAAGAAUGUCAGUCUGCAGGAGUAAAUAUAAUUGGUAUGAGAAGGGUAUAUUUAUGUCAUGUCUGGAUGUGCUGAGGAAAUAUAGAGUUGUAAGUGGAGGGAAUUUCUGGAAAUAUAUAAAAAAGUGAGACACUGUGUUUGGUAAUAUAUCCAAGAAUGGUGAACCACCAAGUAACUCUUUAACUGAGUACCUGCAUUACCUCAGGAUGUUCAUAAAGUGUCAGUGUUUUACAGUGUUCAAACACUCCACAGGUGAUUCCCAUAAUUACCUCUAAGUAAUACGGCAGAAGGACCCUACAAAUGAUGUUGAAGAUAAUGAGUGGUCAGAUAUUAUAUCAAAUGUGUGGAGAGACAAGUAUUCAAUAUAAAAUAGUUCACAGAUAUUACUGGAUACCGACUAGACUUCACAAAAUAGAAAUUGCUGACAACAAUCAUUGAUUGAAGUUUAAGUGUGAAUUGGGCACACAUUUGCACAUGAUCUGGUUAACUUUUACCAGAAACUUCCUUAGUGGAAACGGGGCUAUGGUAUCAACCAUCCUGAGCAUUCUUGACAAUAAAACAAAUAAAAUAUGGUCUUGUCACAGCUACAACUACAAAAUUGGAUGAACCCUAUAUGUCCAACUGUGAAGGAAGGGAUUGAUGAAAUGAUUUCAUCAUAUGAGCACAUGUUGGGAAAAAUUAAUUGUUGGGGUGGGGGGCCGAGACAUGGGUUCAAUUUUGGUUGCAUGUUAAUGGAAUGUAAAUGUGUUAAUUAAUGACCAUUUUUUGUAUCCAUGGUUUUUAUUUUACGUUAAGGGCUGGCCGUCUUCUGUUCUGUAUAAAUGUCCUGUACUGUCUGCUCUAUGAUAUGCUGCAUUAUAAAAAAUUUAAUCAUAAAAAAAAUUCUAAAUAACUACCGUCCACACAGUGCAUCUAAUAGCAUGGCCAUGUACCUACCUGUAGUAACAGGGUCAAAGGAAAUGUUUCCUUUUGCUACACAAUGGAUGUCUUACUUCUCUUUUAAAUAAGAUGUAAAUACAACUCAAAGAUGUGUUCCCUGAUUUUAUUAAAAUGCCCAAUAGCUGGUAUGUUUACGAUAUCAGUACGUUAUCUGGGAGAAAAUGCAAUGAUGCUUGAAUGCAACAACAGAAUCUGGGAGUGUUUUGUAAAAUGUCUAACUCCAAAAGUGUGUUAAUCUGAUGAAAUUAUUUUAAGUGCCUUUGUUUUUAAUGGUAAAAAAUAACCAUUGUCAACUCUGUAAUCACUGAUGAUCAACAUGUAUAAUGUAUGAUAAAAGGAAAUUUGGGGAAUUUUAUUAAAACUUUUUCUAUGA